AUGAUAGAACUGCCGAGUAUCAGUAUUGGCGCAGACUUUCAAAGAAAGGCCUCCCUCUGGGAAUCUUCAGACCUUGCUCGCCGACGCGCAACAAUCAUUGUACAUACAUUGAUGUGCCGCAGCCUCGAUGCUGCUCAACGCCAGGCUUCUUCGAGUCCCCGCGCCAUGCAGCAUGGCCAUCCCUCUCCAGCACGGCCCCAGCCACUGUGUGGCUGUUGCGAGCAGAGCACCACGGAGGCACACUUCGAGACCAUCUCAAUGACAAGUUGGACAGGCUGGACCACCAGGUUCACGGGCGGGAUCGCGGACAAGUACAAGAUGGCUGCCGAGGAUAUGCUCAGCGAGCUGAACGACAAGGAGGCGAGAGCCAAGGCCAAGCUGCAAGACAUCAAGGUCGAGAGGCACGCCUUGGAGGAGAAGGCCUCCUGGUUCGACUACCUGUCCAAGCGUGUCACGGAGCUCGUGGAGGCAGUCGACUCGCUCGAGAACCGCAGGUCUCGGAUCGAGGCUUCCGACCAGUUAGACCUCGACCCCCGUGUUGAGAGCGCUGAAGAUCAGGUCAAGCACUGGAAGGGCCAGCGCGACGUGGCCGAGCGGGAGCCGCCGCCGCGCCUGCCCGACCCCCCCGGG